AUGCGCACCCCGCACCGUCCUCACGGCAGUCACCACGACCCGGUGCGCACCCCACGCCGUCCUCCUGAUAGUCACCAUGACCCGCUGCGCACCCGCGCCGUCCUCACAGCAGUCCCCACAACCCAGUGCGCACCCUGCGCCGUCCUCCCCAUAGUCACCAUGACCCACUGCGCACCCCACGCCGUCCUCCCGAUAGUCACCACGACCCGGUGCCCACCCGCGCCGUCCUCACAGCAGUCACCACGACCCGGUGCCCACCCGCGCCGUCCUCACAGCAGUCCCCACAACCCGGUGCGCACCCCGCGCCGUCCUCCCCAUAGUCACCAUGACCCACUGCGCACCCCACGCCGUCCUCCCGAUAGUCACCACGACCCGGUGCCCACCCGCGCCGUCCUCGCAGCAGUCCCCACAACCCGAUUUCAGCAGCUGCUCCAGGAGCGCACCCACUGCAGCCCUGCUGCGGGAGUGGCUCCGCAGGGAGAGUGUACAGGCCUUGAUCCUGGGACUUACUGCUGGCUCCGUGCCCCAGAGGCCAAGGCCGGCAUGCGGCCCCUCUGCAGUUCCAACCUUAGUCUGCAUCGUCGAGUUCACACUGGAAAUAAACCAUUUAAAUGUAAGGAAUGUGGGAAAACUUUUGGACUCAAUACCCAUCUUCUUCUUCACCAGAGAAUUCAUACUGGAGAAAAACCUUUUGGGUGUAGUGAAUGUGGGAAGGCUUUUAGUCGAAGCUCAACUCUCAUUCAACAUCGUAGAAUUCACACUGGAGAGAGGCCCCAUGGAUGUACUCAGUGUGGGAAGGCCUUUAGCCGAAGUUCAAGCCUUAUUCAACAUCAGAGAAUUCACACUGGGGAGAAACCCCAUAAAUGCAGUCAGUGCGGGAAGGCCUUCAGUCAAAGCUCAAGUCUUUUUCUCCAUAAUAGGAUUCACACAGGAGAGAAACCCUAUGUAUGUAAUGAAUGUGGCAGAGCCUUCGGUUUUAACUCUCACCUUACUGAACACCUGAGGAUUCACACUGGAGAAAAACCCUAUGUUUGUAAUGAGUGUGGCAAAGCCUUUAGUCGGAGUUCAACUCUUGUCCAACAUCGGAGGGUUCACACUGGAGAGAAACCCUAUCAGUGCAUCGAGUGUGGGAAAGCAUUCAGUCAGAGCUCACAACUCGCCUUACACCAGAGGGUUCACACUGGAGAGAAACCCUAUGAAUGUGGUGAUUGUGGGAAAGCCUUCAGCCGGAGAUCAACCCUUACCCAGCAUAAGAGGAUCCAUGCUGGAUUCCCCACUGGAGAGAAGCCUUGUGACUGCAGAAAAUGUGGCCCAGCCUUUGUUCAUGGCUCCAGCUUUGUGCUACAUGGCCCAACCCACAUUGGAGAGAAGUGGUGUAUGUGCAAUGAAUAUGGAAGUGCCUUUAGCCACAGCACAAACCUUGUUCUGUGCUGGAACAUUCACACUGGGGAGAAAUCCUUUGCAUGUGAUCCAUGUGGAAAAAGUUUCAGGCCACCUCAGAGGCCACCUAACAUCAGAAAAUUCAUGCUGGGAAAAGCCCUGAAAAUGCCAUGA